UGCUUGUAAUUGAUGCAGAUCAGCACAAAGAAGCUUACCAAUCAUUAGCAUUGCUUGUAAUUGAAAGGAUUAGCUCGCUAUGUAACUCGCUGGCAAUUGCUAUAGACAUCUGUUCAUUCUACGACCAUGUGUUUUCUUCGGUAUUUCUAUCCACUAAUAGUCAUCCUUGUUAGUACUAGUAUAGAGAAGAGUGGAUCAAGUAAUGUUAUCAAUAUGAAGAAAGAAACAGACAAAAUGCCUGUCUUUGUAGGACCUAUACCAAAUGUUACCAUGGCAUUAGGAAGAGAUGCGAACAUCCCGUGUUUGGUAAACGAACUGGGAGCUUACAGAGCAGCUUGGAUUCGAGUGGAGACGAAGGCAAUCCUUACAAUUCAUCAACACGUGAUCACAAGAAACUACAGAAUCAGCCUCAGUCAUAGUGACAAUAGAAACUUUAUUCUUCACAUCAAAGAUGUGAAAGAGUCAGAUCGUGGAGGUUAUAUGUGUCAGAUCAACACGGUGCCCAUGAUAAGCCAAGUGGGAUACCUAGACGUCCUAGUUCCUCCAGACAUUAUUGUUGAUCAAAGCACUUCAGACAUCAUCACCAGAGAAGGGACAAAUGUCACGUUGAAAUGCAAAGCCAAAGGCUACCCAGAACCUAGUAUCUCAUGGCGACGGGAGGAUGAUGAACCAAUACCAUUAAUUCUGGGUAUCGGCAAGAAACUGAUAAGUUCGUCAUACGAAGGAGAAAGUUUAAACAUUACAAGGGUGACCCGAGUUCACAUGGGAGCUUACCUCUGUAUAGCUUCCAACGGAGUACCGCCUUCCGUUAGUAGAAGGGUUCUGCUUCACGUCCAAUUUCCUCCAGUUUUGUGGGUUCCUAACCAGUUGGUUGGUGCACACGUUGGGGAAAUAGCUUCCUUGGAUUGCCAUAGUGAGGCCUAUCCAGUUUCUAUAAAUUUUUGGAAGAAAACGGGAAGUGAAGUGAUUCUGUCUAACAAAAAGUUUGAAGUUUCAUCAAAAGAGAAGUCUUACAAAGUUCAUAUGAGGUUAUCCAUACGAAAUUUAGAAAAAGAAGAUUUUGGAACUUACAGUUGUUUUGCCAAAAAUUCGCUGGGUUCCACACAGGGUUCGAUUCGGCUCUAUGAGAUACCAGUGCCUACAUCAAUCUCCAAUCAUGAAGCAGGAAACUUUAAGCACAUGAAUGGUGAUUUCCUAAAGCACCAGAGCCGGGGAUCUGCAAAAUCUUCUAGGGGAUUCGGCUUGGAAAAGGAUCCACCUUCUGUGGAAGCCACGAUCGAGAAUUCAGCAGAAACCCGAAGGAGCAUGACUAGUUUAUUAACCAUUUGCUUUGUCAUUAUGAAUAUCUGUGUUUGUACUGUUAUCUGAAAACUCCUAGGGUUGUGUGAGAGAUUAUCUUUAAAUACUUUUAAUGUUCUGACGUUUAUUGUCCUACAUACUCACUAAAAUAUUUAUUAAACCAAAGAAAACAUUGUAUUCAGACAAUGUACAAAUCGCUGGGCAACAAGCGAAAUAUAACACACUUGAUAUUCGAAAACAAUCUGAAACGUACGUCUCUGACUGAUUACCAUUAGAAGAAAAAAAAAAA